CAUCCAGUGUCAUCGCAGGACAGUCCAUAGUUGUGGUUACAAUGAAUGGGCGAUAUGAUCUCAGAUUGCCUCAGAUUAGAUGCAAGGCAUGUGAAGCCACUUGGAGUCCUGGAGUGGAUGACCUGAUCCAUAAUGACUACUGGCCUGCCACUUCUCACCAUUCAACUGUGUACGCGACAGAUGUCCUUUUUUCUUUUGAAGAGCUGAAGAUGGCAGCACCAGGGAUGUUUAGCCAAGCAUUUCUUAGAAUGCUGGAUCAACGCACUGUUCGCUUUGGCCGUAGCGGUAACAUCACAGCAGACAGCUUCCGGAAAAGCUUCUUGGAGUGGGAAGCUGUCCGAUUCGAAGUGGACAAAUUAUGCCAGGAGGACCACUUUGACUGCCCAGCGUGCAGCCCAGACAUGCUUACAGUAUCUGUUGAUGGAAACCGCAAGCACUACAGAUUCAAGAGUGCAGCAAGAUCGGAGGAACAAGCCAUCUUUGAUGGCAUGUUCAUCAUGAAUGAUGAUGACGUCGCAAGAUUCGUGGACUAUGUCCAUACCUCAACCAGUCAUGUCUCUAGAAGAGGUGUCUGUGGAUGGCAGUGGUCAGCGGCGUGCGAAACGUCUCAGAAGUCCAAAGAAAAAACAGACGAGGAGGGCCUGGAACUCGCUGUAUGUCGUCAUGGGGUUCUCCUUCGUGCCCUUAAUAUGUUCAGGGGGGAGAUUUUUGCCUACCCCCUGUACCUCCAAAAGCAAAUAGUCUGUAAGCAAGUGACAUUUUUCGCUAUGGAUGUGGCAUGCAAGUACUGGCCUUACCUCCGGAGAGUGACAGAGAAAUGCCCUGAGCUUCAGGAUCUCCUCACCAUGAGGCCAUUUCUUUCUGUUUUUCAUGCCAAAACUCAUGAUUUCAAAUGUGAGGUAAGAAAAAAGGAUUGUCCAUGACAUUUUCUUUCCCUGAAAACCCUGCAUAAGAUUGUUGCCACUUAGGUUUUGUUUUUGGUUUUAUUUUUUAAAGGUAAAAUGGAGUGGAGCAUAUCAGGAGGGGGCUGGUUCGACUCUUGGGGAAGAGGUGGAGCAGUGCAACGCCUUCCUCUCAAGGAUUGCUGUUACCACAAAGCACAUGUCAAAAGCAGGACGCAUAGACAUGCUGACGGUCAUGGCCAUGCGCUGGAACCAACGAAAGUUUGACAACUUGGCUUCCACCCUUGCCCGCCGAUAUCGGAAGGUAAAGACACCAGUUUUCCCUUAUGCAACAUUCAUAGCGAUAUUGUAAAAUAAAGUGGCAUAUAUCUCAAAAAUAUAGGGAAGACUUGCCCAGAUAUUCUUCAAUACAAUAGAAUAUACGGAUGGUUUCAUGUGUAGUGUCAAUUGUAUUUUUCAGUGUCUUAAUAUAAAAUAUUAAAUGUUCAUACCACAUACCGGUAUAUUGAUUGUCCACGUAUAUACGAAUAUACUGUAUAUUUAAUCAGUGUUGUAUGUGGUUUUCUAAUAGUGAAGGUACUUAACAAUCCUUAUCAACAAUAGUCAAAGUUGUAGGCAUUUCCCUCAUUGUCAUUUGUGUGACUCUGAGCACGAUUAAACAGUAUUUUCAUGGCCAGAGUCCUUUUUUAUGCUGUUGUGUGCUGGGGAGGCAGCAUUAAGAAGAGGGCUGUUAGGACAGGCUGGUAAGGAAAGCUGGCUCUGUGUUUGGCAUGGAGCUGGAGUUAAUCAUUUAACAAACCAAGGAUAAUUUACUUUGAAAAAGUUCGAUAAUUCAUUAAAUAAUGCGAUAUUCG